AUGUCCUGUUCUUCCCCUCUGUAUCUCUUGUCUUCAAUGUCCCGUGUGAUUCUUCCCCUCUGUAUCUCUUUGUCUUCAAUGUCCCGUGAUUCUUCCCCUCUGUAUCUCUUUUGUCUUCAAUGUCCCGUUGAUGUGAUUCUUCCCCCUGUAUCUCUUGUCUUCAAUGUCCCUGUGAUUCUUCCCUCUGGUAUAUCUUUGUCUUCAAUGUCCCGUGUGAUUCUUCCCCCUCUGUAUCUUUGUUGUCUCUGUCCCUGUGUGAUUCUUCCCUCUGUAUCUUCUUUGUCUUCAAUGUCCUGUGAUUCUUCCCUCAUCUCAUCUUGUCUUCACUGUCCCGUUGUCCCCUCUGAUUCUUCCCUGUCCUGUGUGAUUCUUCCCUUCACUUGGUCCUCACUGUCCUGUGAUUUCUUCCUCUGCAUUUUUGUCUUCAAUAUCCGUGUGAUUUUCCCUCUGUAUCUCUUUAUUCUAAUGUCCUGUGUGAUUCUUCCUCUGUAUAUCUUUGUCUCACAAUGUCCGUGUAAUUCUUCCCUUCUGUAUCUCUUUGUCUUCAUCUCCUGUGAUUUUUUCCCUCUGUAUCCUUGUCUUCAAUGUCCGUGUGAUUCUUCCUUCUGUAUCUCUUGUCUUCACUGUCCCUGGAUUCUUCCCCUCUGUAUCUUUUGUCUUCAAUGUCCCAGUGAUUCUUCCCUCUGUAUCUCUUUCCUGUGUGAUUCUUCCCCCCUUCUGUAUCUAUUUGUCUUCAAUGUUCUGUGUGAUUUUUCCCUUGUAUCUCUUUUGUCUCAAUAUCCUGUGAUUCUUCCUCUCUAUCUGCCUUCAAUGUCCUGUGUGAUGUCCCUGUGUAUUUCUUCCCCUUCAAUGUCCUUGUAUUCUUCCACUUUUAUUCUUCCUUUCUAUCUCUUGUGUUCAAUGUCCCGUGUGAUUUUCCCUCUGUAUCUCCUUGUCUUCAAUGUCCCAGUGUUUUCCUCUUACCUCUGUAUCUCUUUGUCUUCAAUAUCUCGUGAUUCUUCCCCAUCUGUAUUUUUGUCUUCAAUAUCCUGUGUGAUUCUUCCCUCUGUAUCUCUUUUUGGUCUCUCAAUGUCCUGUGUUGAUUCUUUCCCUUGUAUCUAUUGUCUUCAAUGUCCUGUGAUUUUCCUCUGUAUCUCUUUGUCUUCAAUAUCCUGUGAUGAUUUUCCCUCAGUAUCUUUUUGUCUUCUGGGUCCUGUGUUUUCUUCCCUCUGUAUCUCUUUUGUCUUCACUGUCCUGUGUGAUUCUUCCUUCUGUAUAUCUUUUUCUUCAAUGUCCUGUGUGAUUCUUCCCCUCUGUAUCUUCUUGUCUUCAAUGUCCUGUGUGAUUCUUUCCCUGUAUAUCUUUGUCUUCAAUGUCCUGUGUGAUUUUCCCUGUAUAUCUUUGUCUCAAUGUCCUGUAUGA